UAGAUUGUUACAAAUUUUGAAGAAAACAAACUAGCUAAGUGUUUAUUUGUAUGUACGAUCUUCUUCAUCGAGGUCAGAAGUCAAAGAAAGAAAGAAACAAUGAAGAAUUGAUCAUUUGCAGUUUCUUUUAUACAACGCAAAACCUUCGUCACUCGUACCACUCAGCCGCUAGAGCUUCUCCUAUUUCACACCACCAUCUUCCCUUCAACCCCAACUUGUUCUCUUUCAUCCAGAUGCUCAAAUGCGCCUCUGUAGUCUGUCGCCCUUCUUUUUCCGGCGUGAUUCAUCUCUUCACCAAGUCGAUUGUUGCAGCUGAAAUCCCCAUUGUUCAUCGCCGCCGCCGGCAUAAAUCUGAAUCCGCCUACCCCAGCUUUCAGGUCAAGCCACACCAGAAAGAAGAUACCUCAUUCUGGGAUAAAACGUUAAGGGGCUUAUGUUCGACUGGGAGAUUGCCUGAAGCAGUUGCACUUUUGUGCUGUAUGGCCUUGCAAUUUCACUCCAAAACUUACCGUCUUCUGUUACAAGAAUGCAUUUUCAGGAAAGAGUACAUGAAAGGAAAAAGAAUCCAUGCCCAAAUGGUUGUUGUUGGACAUGUACCCAAUGAAUAUAUUAACACCAAACUACUGAUAUUAUAUGCCAAAUCAGGUGACUUAGAAACUGCAUAUAUCCUUCAUGAAAAUUUGUUGGAGAAAAGUUUGGUUUCAUGGAAUUCAUUGAUUGCUGGGUAUGUACAGAAGGGGCUUGGAGAAGUUGGAUUGGAGUUUUAUUUUAAGAUGAGACAAAGUGGUCUAUUGCCUGAUCAAUAUACCUUUGCAUCAGUUUUGAGAGCUUGUGCUAGUUUAGCUUCUUUGGAACAUGGAAAGAGAGCACAUGGAGUUUUGAUUAAAUGUCAAAUUGGUGAUAAUGUUGUUGUGUCUAGUGCCCUAGUAGAUAUGUACUUCAAAUGCAGUAGCUUAUCUGAUGGGCAUAAGGCAUUUAACAAAUCUUCAAAUAGGAAUGUAAUUACAUGGACUGCUUUGAUAUCUGGGUAUGGCCAACAUGGAAGAGUUUUUGAAGUUUUGGAAUCAUUUCAUAGUAUGAUAAAUGAAGGCUACCGACCAAAUUAUGUUACUUUCCUUGCGGUUCUUGCUGCUUGUGGUCAUGGAGGCUUUGUAUCCGAAGCGUUGAGAUACUUUUCGUUGAUGACAAAGAUGUAUGGAAUUAAACCAAGAGGGCAACAUUAUGCUGCCAUGGUUGAUCUUCUUGCCAGGGCUGGGAGGUUGCAAGAAGCCUACAACCUUGUCCUCGAUGCACCUUGCAAGGAGCACUCUGUUAUGUGGGGGGCUUUGGUUGGGGGCUGUAAGGUUCAUGAAGAUAUAGAUUUGAUGAAACAUGCUGCAGCAAAUUACUUUGAAUUGGAUCCUGAAAAUUCUGGGAAAUUUGUGGUUUUCUCAAAUGCUUUUGCCACAUCUGGGCUGUGGGACAAUGUUGAAGAGAUUAGAGCUAUGAUGAAGAAAUCAGGAAUGAGUAAGGAUCCUGGUUAUAGUAGAAUUGAGAUUCAAAGGGAGUUUCACUUUUUCGUCAUGAGUGAUAAGUCUCAUCAACAAACUGAGGAGAUUUAUAGAACCAUUAACAGUAUAACUCCAAUUUUGAAGGAUGCAGGGUAUACUCCUGAACUAUGUGGACACUAAUGUAGAGAUUAAAUUUAUGCUAAGCCGAUACCAAAGUUACUAUAUGUAGAAUGUACAUGAGAAAACUCAUUAAGUUACCGUUUUUUUUGGCUUACUGUUGAAACACAUUGUCAAUAAUAUUCAAUAGAAUUAAAAAAAUUUAGGUUUCUCCUCAUAUGUGCUUUAUGAAUAUACUGAGAUUGCACAGAGAUCAAAAAGACUGCUCUUGCAGAGAAUCAAGACCCUUGGCCCCUUGGGCACCAAAAAACUACCAAGUUCAAAGUAGGAUCUGAAGAGGGAAUUUUAGAACACAAACCCAUAUCGAAGUCAAAGUUACAAGUUUCAACUGAUUAGUAACUGAACAUAGAGAAUGGAUUGGCUGAUUGACAAGAUUUGUAUAAAUACCGAAUGUUAUCAUUUAUGAAUACUA